UCUGUGACGCAAACAUACAAGACAACAGGACUCUGUUUUGGCGGUUUUCAUGGGACUUCAUUCAUUCGGUUACAUCGCCUAGAAGUUUUGUUUUGGGCUUUUGCUGUUGUUUUUCUUGUCCAUUUUCUUUUCUUCACUUUCUCUCUCUAUCGGGAUUGAUUGUCCUCUAUCCUUAUAUAAACCGAUUGUUAUUCGAUCAGUCUAUAUGUAUUUCCAAUUCGGGUCUGGUAGAAUUGAAAAGAAAUGGGAUUUGUAAGUAGUUUAUUGGGAAUUGUUGGUUUUGGAAUCGGAUUCCCUGUUGGAAUUCUUAUAGGUUAUUUUCUCUUCAUCUACUAUCAAUCCAAAGAUGUUAUGGAACCAGUCUUUAGACCGAUUCACGAACUGGAUACGAAUGCUUUGUUAGAACUUUUGAAUGAACUUCCUUUGUGGGUGAAGAACCCUGACUAUGAUCGAGUUGACUGGUUAAACAGAUUUCUUUCAGAUAUGUGGCCUUACCUUGAUAAGGGAAUAUGUGCUACAGUGAGAACCACGGUAGAACCGAUGUUUUCAGAGUAUAUCCGGAAAUAUAUGAUAAAAUCGAUUGGUUUUGAGUGUUUGACUCUUGGAACGCUUCCUAUUACCCUUCACGGUCUAAAAGUAUACGAAACUAACGAGAAAGAACUAGUUGUUGAACCGGUGAUUAGAUGGGCUGGAAAUCCCAAUAUUAUCUUGGUUGUGAAACUUUUGUUGUUCCAAAUUACACUGCAGUUGGUGGACUUGCAGAUAUUCGCUACACCACGCGUAUCCUUGAAACCUCUAGUCCCUACCUUUCCAUGCUUUUCAAACAUAGAAGUUUCUUUGAUGGAGAAACCGCAUGUGGACUUCGGAUUGAAAUUUCUGGGAUGUGAUCUUAUGGCAAUCCCUGGCCUUUAUCGUUAUGUUCAGGAAACUAUUAGAAAACAAGUUGCCAACCUCUAUUUGUGGCCCCAAACCCUUGAAAUACCUAUUCUUGACAGUUCAGUAGGAGCAACGAGGAAACCAGUGGGCAUACUACAUGUGAAGAUUGUAAAGGCAGUCAAACUGUUGAAAAUGGAUUUCCUAGGAACCUCAGAUCCUUACGUUGUCCUUAGCUUGAGUGGUGAGAGACUUCCUGGGAAGAAAACCACUGUUAAAAUGAAGAACCUAAAUCCCGAAUGGAAUGAAGAUUUUAAACUUAUCGUGAAAGAUCCCGAGACCCAAGUCCUUGAGUUGCAUGUGAACGACUGGGAAAAGGUUGGAGCUCAUGAUAAGCUGGGAAUGCAAGUGAUUCCACUAAAAUCUCUUCAACCUCAUGAGACAAAAUCAUAUACACUUGAUUUGGUCAAGAACAUGAAUCCUAAUGAUCCUCAUAACAUGAAACAGAGAGGGAAAAUAGUGGUGGAAAUGACAUUCCGCCCUUUUAGACAAGACACUGAAAGAUUUAGUGGACCUUUGGAUGGAUAUCAUAGGAAAGCCAGUGACAUUAGAAGCGUAACUGAAGAAACAUCUGGAAAUGAUGGUGCAGGGUUACUAUCGGUUACUGUCCAAAGUGCUGAAGAUGUUGAGGGAAAGAAACAUAACAAUCCUUAUGCUUUAGUUCUUUUUAGAGGAGAAACGAAGAAAACUAAGUUAAUAAGGAAAUCAAGGGAUCCAACUUGGGGCGAAGAAUUUCAAUUCAUGUUAGAAGAAGCUCCUUUGCAGGAUACGAUCCACGUUGAAGUUAUGAGCAGGAGAACGGGUUUGGGUUUUAGAUCCAAGGAAUCACUGGGACAUGUUGAUAUCAACCUAAUCGAUGUUGUGAACAAUGGACGUAUCAACGAGAAAUACCAUCUCAUAAACUCGAGGAAUGGAAAGAUACUUAUUGACAUACGAUGGAAAACAAUUUGAGAAUGUGUUAACAGGACGCAAAAAUUUUGUAUAUCUGUUUUCCUCAUGUACAUUGUUUUUUCGUUACUUGUUUAACUCAAUUUUCAUUGAGCAUGAGAAUACAAAACUCAAUUUUCAUUGA